CGGGAGCUCGACUCGUGUCCGGUCUGUGAGGGGAAAAAAAAUCGGACUCACGGAAGAUGCUGAAGAAACGGGGGCUGCUGCUUUCCGACAGACAUUCUUCCAGUGAUGAUGAGACCAUGGUCCCAGUACUAGCCUGCAAAAAAGCCAGCGAACUACCCGUCAGCGAAGUAGUGUGUCUUCUGCAGGCUGACCUGCAGCUGGGUCUGACCCAGGAGGAGGUAAACCGGAGGAGGGCCUACCACGGCUGGAACGAGUUUGACAUCAGCGAAGAGGAGCCGCUAUGGAGGAAAUACAUCUCACAGUUCAAAGAUCCGCUCAUCCUGUUGCUGUUGGCCUCGGCCGUCAUCAGCGUCCUCAUGCAUCAGUUUGACGACGCCAUCAGCAUCACUGUGGCCAUCAUCAUAGUUGUGACUGUUGCCUUUGUGCAGGAGUACCGCUCGGAGAAGUCUCUAGAAGAGCUGGGGAAGCUCGUGCCUCCAGAAUGUCACUGCAUCAGGGAGGGGAACCUGGAGCACCUGCUGGCCAGAGAGCUGGUUCCUGGAGACACCGUCUGUCUUUCGGUGGGGGAGAGAGUCCCGGCAGACCUCCGCCUCUUUGAGGCGACUGACUUGUCAGUGGAUGAGUCCAGUCUCACAGGGGAAACCACACCGUGUUCAAAGUCUACCUCUCACCAGGCCGUAAUCGCCACUGGUGACAUCGCCUCCCGCAGCAACAUCGCUUUCAUGGGGACGCUGGUGCGAUGCGGCAAAGCCAAGGGCAUCGUCAUAGGAACUGGUGAAAACUCUGAGUUUGGGGAAGUGUUCAAGAUGAUGCAGGCAGAAGAGGCCCCAAAAACGCCGUUACAGAAGAGCAUGGACCUACUGGGGAAGCAGCUCUCGCUGUAUUCUUUUGGCAUUAUCGGCGUUAUCAUGCUCGUGGGCUGGCUGCAGGGGAAGAGGGUCCUGGACAUGUUCACCAUCGGUGUCAGCCUGGCGGUAGCUGCUAUCCCAGAGGGCUUACCCAUCGUAGUGACGGUCACGCUGGCGCUGGGCGUGAUGCGCAUGGUGAAGAAAAGAGCCAUCAUUAAGAAACUUCCGAUUGUGGAAACUCUGGGAUGCUGUGAUGUGAUCUGUUCGGACAAAACAGGAACUCUGACCAAGAACGAAAUGACCGUCACUCAGCUGUUCACGUCAGAUGGCUUCCACGCCGAGGUGACUGGUGUCGGCUACAAUGGAACAGGAGAUGUUUUAGUGGACGGGGAGAUCAUCCAUGGGUUCUCUUGCCCGUCCAUCAGCAAGGUGGUAGAGGUCGGCUGCGUGUGUAAUGACUCUGUCAUCAGGAACCACACCCUCCUGGGGCGGCCCACCGAGGGAGCGCUGAUCGCCCUCGCCAUGAAGAUGGGGUUGGAAACAGUGCAGAAGGAGUACGUCCGUCUGGAGGAGCAUCCCUUCACAUCUGAGCAGAAGUGGAUGGCCAUUCGAUGUGUUCACCGCACGCAGCAGGAUAAAGCUGGAGUCUACUUCAUGAAGGGAGCCUAUGAGAAGGUCAUUCGAUUCUGCAGCUCCUACAACAGCAGAGGCGCUCCUUUACCCCUCAACCACCAGCAGAGGGAGCUCUACCAGCAGCAGAUCAGCUACAUGGGCUCUGCCGGACUGCGAGUCUUGGCAUUUGCCACGGGUCCUGAACUGGGGAAUCUGACCUUCCUGGGUCUGGUGGGCAUCAUCGACCCGCCCAGGUCAGGAGUCAAAGAAGCGGUGAGCACGCUGCUCACCUCAGGAGUCGCCAUCAAGAUGAUCACCGGAGAUUCUCAGGAGACCGCCGUGUCCAUAGCCGCUCGUCUGGGUUUCUACAGUAAAGGAUGUCUGUGUUUGUCAGGAGACGAGGUGGAUCAGCUCGACCUGCAGCAGCUGUCACAGAUCGUCUCCCGAGUUGUGGUGUUUUAUCGAGCCAGUCCCAGACACAAGCUGAAGAUCGUCAAGUCGCUCCAGAACAUCGGCGCCGUGGUGGCCAUGACGGGUGACGGUGUAAACGAUGCCGUGGCUCUGAAGGCCGCCGAUAUCGGUGUGGCGAUGGGCCAGACGGGAACCGAUGUCUGCAAGGAAGCCGCCGACAUGAUCCUGGUGGACGACGACUUCCAGACAAUCAUGUCAGCCAUUGAGGAGGGAAAAGGGAUUUACAACAACAUUAAAAACUUUGUCCGCUUUCAGCUCAGCACGAGUAUUGCAGCACUGACACUCGUCUCCUUGGCAACACUGAUGAACUUCCCUAAUCCGCUGAAUGCAAUGCAGAUCCUGUGGAUCAACAUCAUCAUGGAUGGACCACCUGCUCAGAGUUUGGGUGUGGAGCCUGUGGACGGGGAUGUGAUCAGAAAACCACCUCGUAAUGUCCGGGACAGUAUUAUGACCCGCAGUCUGAUCAUCAAAGUCCUGGUGUCAGCGCUAAUCAUCGUCUGCGGGACACUGUUUGUCUUUUGGAGAGAGUUGCAGGACAACGUGAUCACUCCUCGAGACACCACCAUGACUUUCACCUGUUUUGUCUUUUUUGACAUGUUUAAUGCUCUCAGCUCCCGUUCACAAACUCGUAUGGUUCAUGAUGGUCUGUGCAGCAACAUGACCUUCUGUUACGCCGUCCUGGCAUCCAUCUGGGCAGCUCCUCGUCAUUACUUCCCUCCUCUGCAGAACAUCUUCCAGACAGAGAGCCUCAGUAUAUUUGACCUGUUGUUCCUGGUGGCCCUCACGUCAUCGGUCUGUGUGGUCUCAGAGGUCAUCAAGAAGGUGGAGAGGUGGAGGAGCGUGGAGAAAAGCCCGCCCCCUGACUGCUUCCACGAGGUAUGACCCUGUGGGUGGAGCGACUGUCACAUUUACAGGAUGGCUGCUUGAAGACGACAAUGGCAGUGGAAGUGUGGCAGGUUUGUGGACGUCGUGACUACUGAAGCCUACCUGGAGGUUUAAAACUACUUUACCCCAAAUCCUCAGGAGUGACAGUAAAUCUGGUCUGGGACUGGACGGAGCUCCUGGUUUGGGGUGACGGGUCAUGGAGUCGAGGAACCGGACUGGAGACGAGGUGGCUGCUGUAAGAUCUGACCCUGCCUUGGUUUUCAGUCCAGUGAGGACUGAACCACAUCGGUUCUCUGAACAGCCUUGUCUUGGAGUCCAGGCGAUAUGAACCCGGCUCCAGGUUUGACCCCUGCGUUUAGGACACAUCUGUACUCUAGGAUACCUUUCUGAAGAAUCAGACCUAAAGAUUUGUGCAAUUCUUUGUGUUCUUUUCUCAUCUUUUAAGGUAUAAUUUAGAAGGUGUUGACCACUAUUUAGAUGGUUCAUGGUCAUUUGAGACGUGUACGACUUUUAUAGAUUCUUCUGUCGGCAGUAACAUGAUAUAUGAGAACUUUAUUUAAAGUUGUUUGUCUGGGAAUGUGUUUUUUUUUGUUGUUUUUUGUUUGUUUGUUUUUUUGGUAUGAUUGAAAAAUAUUUAAUUAUUAAUGGUUUUCUUAAAACGAAUAAAAUGAGCUCUGGUUGUAAAACUUAAAGCACAAGUUAAAUUAGACUUGACUGAAAUGAUCAUUCUGCAGCAGGAACCCACUGAGAAACACUCGAACCUGAUGAUGUCACAUGAACGCUAAUUAACAUGAUCGGUUCUGCUGAUCGGUUUGGUUAUCCAGGGAGGUUUUCGGCAGCAGUUUUAAUAUCGCAACUAAUUAGCUUGGUUCAGGACCGUGUGUAGAACAUGCUGCCGGUUUUUCCAUCCUUGAAACAAAUCAUUUCUCAGACGUUACAAGAACCGCAGUUUGGUCUUUCUUUGUGAAAUAAAGAGGGACGCUUGGUCCACUUCCUUCUCUC